UUCCGAUCUGGCAGACAGUGUUCUGUGUCUGCGAUUGUAAUUGGGCUGCAAUAAAAGAAAGGAGUGAAAUUAAAACUUAAUUUCCUGUCUAACGCAACGAAACAUGGGCUCUGAAACAACGAGAGCAGAAACAGAUUCGUAACGUGAUUGCCGGACAACAUAUCUAGUGAACGUGUAUAGUGUACAGGACGAUUCAUUCAAUCGAUUGCAAGUCGUCAAGCUGGAAAUUAACGUAAGCAUGAAUCUACACGAGCCGGUCGAUAUGCUCAAUAAAACUAUUGACGAUCUCACGCCAGAGGAAAAGAUGAGAAUCGAGCACAUGAAGCUGCACGAAAAACACAAAGGCCAUGAAUCGAUGCACGCAGAGAUGAUUGUUAUUCUGCUGGUCACAUUGAUCAUAGCACAGAUCGUUCUGGUGGAAUGGAAGAAAAGGCACUACAAGUCAUAUUCGCUAAUGACACUCGUGGCGCUCUGGUUAAUACCAUUUGCGCUUUGUGUGCGAAAUCAGUAUUGGCGCUUCAUCUUCUUCUGGCUGAUAUUCAGCUGCAUUACGGCACUGGUUAUGCGGAAGGCACUGAGAAAACCGGUGGCUGGCACCACCCCACGGCUGGUUUACAAGUGGUUCUUAUUUAUCUACAAGCUAAGCUACGGUCUAGGAAUACUCGGCUAUAUCAUCAUGGUGUUUACCUUUUUCGGGCUGAACUACGUCUUCAACCAGGCACCUACCGUUUGGAUGGACGUAGGUUUUCUGUUGGUGUUCUACGGGUUGUAUUUCGGGGUAUUGGGAAGAGAUGUUUCGGAAAUUUGCGCCGAUAAGAUGGCAGCUCACAUUGGGUAUUACACACCAAAAGGCAUACCCACCAGGCAUUUGGAGCGAAAUGUAUGUGCCGUCUGUGGCAAUCAGCUUCUAACAGACGUGAACGAGACGGGUGUCAUAGAAGACACUUAUAAAUUAUCCUGUGAUCAUGUGUUUCACGAAUUUUGCAUACGCGGUUGGUGCAUCAUCGGUAAAAAGCAAACUUGCCCGUACUGUAAAGAGAAAGUGGACCUCAAGAAAAUGUUCUGCAAUCCUUGGGAACGACCACACGUUCUGUACGGGCAGCUGCUAGAUUGGAUCCGAUGGCUGGUGGCAUGGCAACCGUUGAUCCUAAUGAUUGUUCACGGAAUCAACUGGGCACUAGGAUUAGAAUAGCUACCUCGAGCCGCGCUGCUAUUCGGGAGACCUCCCCCAGUGUCGUCUUCGUUGGCAGCAUCGUGAUUGUCAUAUUCGUCCUCUGCGUUGUGACUGCCGUCGUCGAUUUUUUUUUCUUUCAAAGAUUUUAUUCGUACUACAUUUCGCACCAAGUGUAAUUGUUUUUCGGUUUGUUCAAAUCGAUUUAGGCAAUAUUUUGUUUUGUUUUGAUCACAUGCGACAUUUCAUAGUACAUACAGAUUGUGAACUAGUUAUAAACGCCAUACAGGUAGAAGUAUAACGACGAAAGGUUCCGUGUCUAUAGGAACUGAAGGCAGGCGACGGUACCGUUUGGUUUUAGUUCUACAUGUAAUGAAACUCCCGGAACAGCGCGAGUGCAGGAAUGUGGUUAGGUUUUCUAUAUUUGUGUAAUUUAUGGACCUACUAGACUAUAGUUGAAAUUAAUAAUAAAAAAUC